AUGUCUUCAACCGAACAUUACCCUGGCUACUUUGCUCUUCUCUCUUAUCUUAAUGAACGCGAGCACGUAGACUGGUCGUACUAUGAGUUUUUGAUACUUAACCGUGAUGUCAUUAUAUCUUCACCAUUAAAUAUAGAAGAUUGGAAUGGCCUAGAUGGUACAUGGACUCGUAGAUUUCUAAAAAACGCAGAAACGAUGCUUGAAUCAAAGGACUUUGAAACUUUAAAGGUCAAGCCAACGCCUGACUCAGGAGUAUCAGUCAACGUCCUGGCCCAAGUGAUGGUAGUGGCACCUCUGGUCAGCCAACGCCCUGAUUCAAGAGUAGAUUCUGAACGUUCAAAACAUGGAAUCAAGACCUAUUGGGAAAAUGUUAUCCAUGAACAGAAAAAAUUGAACGUGAAACGCACCCAUAUUCUUGGAAGUCUCGACCUCCUAGAUAAAGCCGGGAAACAUAAUAUUGAAAAUUUAUCCUCAGAAGGAUUUUCAAAUUCUUUUCCUGUUAAUACGACACCUGUAUCCAAACAUGCACUUGAUGGUUCUAACUCAACCUCUUCUCAGAGGAACAAGAAGACCAAAGCUGGUGAAAACGAAGAAGAAUCAGUUGAAGAAACUGUUAUUCAAGAAGAUAUUUUGCAUUCAAUUGCCGAAACCACUAAUACAUUCGGAAAUGUUGAAUUCCCUGAAUAUUAUAAUAAGCUCAAGAAAAUAUGGAGAACCCGUGAAACAGGUUCAAAUUACUAUGUAAUCGAUAUGAAAAAUCGAGAAAUAUUAAAUGAAGUACAUAAUCUUUUGGAUGCGGAAGAAUUGAAAUUACUAUAUGAUAGACUUUCUCCGCAAAGUGAGGACAAAUAUUUAAGUAAAAAGGCGCUUCAAUAUUUAUCAUUAUUUGAUCAGAAUAGUGAAGGUUAUUCAGAUAAUGAAGAGAUCGAAGAUGAAAUUAUUUUGGAGAUGAAAAAAGAAGUCUGCAAUUUGGACGGGCUAAUAGCAAAAUUUCAAUAUCUAUCCCAUGCUCUUCCUAUCCCACUAAAACAAUAUAAUGAAUUAUUAUAUCCAGAAAUUCAUAUCAUUAAAAGUAUAGCAGGCCAUCUAAGCGCAAUUACGAAGAUGGAAGGAAUUACUGAUAACACUACGGAAAGAUCAUCCGAUGGGGUUGCUGAACUGUUCAAAAGGCCUAAACAAAUUCCCAUGUUCAUACUCGAAGUUUCAGGCGACCCAGGUAAUCCAGACCCGGAUAAAUACAAUGAUGAUCGGAAAAAAUUGUUUAGAGAAGGAAUUUUUGCACUCAAUAAAUUUAUAACCCGGACAGAUCUUCCGAAUUGGGAGGUUUGUACCUCUUUGGGUGUUUUUUUGUCUCAAGGUUAUGAAGAUAAUCUUGAAAUCGGACAGCUCAUUUAUAUUGGUCCGGGACUCUAUAUAUAUUCGCCUUUUACGAUCCCUAACCUUAUCAUUCCAACUACUCCCUUUAAUUUGCAACAUGCUCCAAGACUUAUUCGUACUCUUCUAUAUUUACGGCAUAAAAUAAUUAAAACAAUUCGAAGUUUCCAAGAGUUUGAAGAAAUAAGACAACGAAGUAUUACAAACCCAACAUAUAGAUACCCUACUGGUUUUACACCAGAUCGAUUCCGAACUGUGACAUUUAAAGAUUUUUUACCAGAAGAAUCAAGAAAAGAGGCAUCUAAUAGGGUGGAUGAACAAGAGAAUGGUUGGAGUAAGGUUUUUGGUUUCGAUUCUUUGUUCUUAUUUUCUCUAUCAUUAUCAUCAAUUGGCUCACUUGGCAUAGAUAGUUCCUUUAUUAAACUUUGUACUUUAUCAGAUUCUAUAGAUUUUGUUUUACUUCAUGGAAUAGCUCUACCACUGUCUACAGAUAACUUACUUACCGCUCCUGUUAGAUUAGAGGUUUUUUCACUUUCAUCUUUCACUGCCUCUGACAUAUUUACAUCCUGA